GCUGCCUGUGCGUGCCUAGCGCCGAGCGCGAGAAGGCGAGCGCCAUUUCGCCGAGAGAGAGAGUUAAUAAUAGGCAGCGGCGAGCGGAAGCGAAACAGCGAGCCCCCUCGACGUGAGGGAGGGGGGGUCUCGCCAUUCCCGUUGCGUUUUCCCCUUCCGGCCUCGGCUCCCCCUCCCGCGCGCUCCCUCCUCGCGAUGGCGACGUCGUUCGACCGCUGGGAGAAGGACCCCUUCUUCCCCGCCGCCGAGGAGGUGCAGCAAUCCGCCGACCGCAUGGAGUCGGUGUACAGGAUAUGGGUGCAGGGUAGGAGCGGGGGUGAUUCGGAGGCGGCUGCUGCCGUCGGCGGAGGAGGAGGGCUCCCCGCCGGCGAGCUGCGCCGGGAGCUGCACACUGCGCUCGGGACCGCCAAGUGGCAGCUUGAUGAAUUGGAGCGGGCGAUUAGAUCAAAUGACAAGUUUUUCUGUUCUGGAAAGGAUACAAAAGCACGGCGUGAUGACUUCGUUGCGGCAAUUGGUUAUCGCAUACUUGAGGUUGAGAACAACUUGAAAGAAUCCAAUGUGUCAGAGGGAAGAGGGGCCCUAAGGUGGAUUGAUUUGGAUGAGGAUGAACGGAUUGAUCUUGCAGCCUUCCUAUCUGCAAGCUCUUUUCAACAGCAAGACAAAGUAGUUACACUUCCAUCUGUUGGUGAUAUUGAAGUUGGCAACAAUGCAGCAAUGGUGAAAAAGGAUAUGUCAGCUGACAGCUCCAAGGAAUCUGGCUCUGCAGAGUUGAGUUCAGCAAGAGCAAAGGAAGAAAUGCGUCGUGGGCACAGAAGGGCUGCUAGUGCCCAUGCUGAUAUUGGGUCAUGGACUAUGUUAUCUCCAAAUGAGUGCGAGAGUGCUGCUGAUCUAUCAUAUGAUGGACAACACCAAGAACCUUUGUUGAAGAUAGUGAAAACUUGUGCACUGACGAGUGCCUUGCAGUCUAAGCCUAGGACGAAGAAAAAGGGUGGAUCUGUGAAAUGGGCAGCUGUUGACCAACAAGAUGUGGAAGAAACAAUCCCUCUGAGUUCUCAGAUGGCUCAGGGAUCAGAUGGAUGCUUUGAAAGAAGCAAGAGUUGCGCAAGUACUUGCGAUGGGAGUAUAUGCAAUAAGAAACUUUAUGGUUGGCUUGGAGCCCUGCAUAGACGAUUGCAGAGGUCGCAAUAUCAAAUUCGAUAUGGGCACCCUGUUCAAUUAAUUGUGUUAGCAGCUGCUGUUCUCUUAAUAUUCAUGUGUGUAUUCAAGAAAAUUUGGUGACUUUUUAUGAGCCGAUGAUUUCCUUAGAAGCCUCAUGAGAUGAGCAGCUUGCGAGGUGCUACCAUUUGCCUGUAUGUUACUACUGGUGUUCAACUGGCGGCUGCGGCAUGAAGAAUGAUCAAACUGGAGGAACCUGUCGCACUGACUGUAUGGAUGCGUGCUGCACCAUUAUAUCGCUGGCAAAUGCAGUGUGCGGUCCGUUGCCUGUAUGAUAAUGAUGAACCUCAAGGUCUUGAUCCUGACCAUGGCCACUUGACAUGUGGAACAGUGUAAGGGCCUGCUUUGGAAAGUUGGAAGAAAUGGUAAAUUUCCUUUCGGAAUUAUAUUUCACCUGAACCGUCAUAGUUGGUUCCAUAGGAAUAGGUUCUGAAGUGAACCGUGCAAGAUGACAGAAUAAUCGCAACAGAAUCAGUAGUUUGCCCGGGCGUCCUGUUUGUUUGGGCACUGGAAUUAGAGUUUUGCAGUUCUCCAUUUCGUUAGAUAGGCUAUUACAGGAGCUACCAUUGGCUCCUAUUGAUUUUGCAACGGCUAAUUUCAGAUCAAGUCAACCUGGACGAGAAAUUUUACUGUACAGGCAGUGAGUCCUUUUGGGGCGUCCACUCCUUUCUAGAUAGCCAUAGAUGUAUUGUGAUAUUUGAAACUUCUGGUGAAUAUUUAUGGUGGAUAUUUAUGGGGUUGUUUGGUUGGUUACCAUAACUUGUCUAAGCUUGCUACAUCUUAAGUUAGCCAAAUUUGACCAUGUUAGGUGUGUGUUUGGUUUGUGCCAUACUUAUGACAAGAUUUCCUUUUUAAUAUAUAGG